UUGCGAUUCCCAAACCAUUCAGCUAUGGGAAACAUUUUGAGCAACGUGAUUGGUUAAAAAAGUUAUAAAGACACGCCCACAUCGACGCGAGCCAUCUCAUCAUGGCGGUGCGAAUGUGUCUGGGGCCAAGUCCGAAUGAACCAUCAAAUCUUCAAAAUGAUUUUCCAAAUCUGCAUGGUCAUGACGAAGCUCCGAACAAGGUUAAUCCAGGUGGUACCUUCAAAACCACCUUUGGUACCGUGCUAACAUGUAUUGGGUGUAUGGUAGGAACUGGCAAUAUUUGGCGCUUCCCGAGAAUCCUAGCAAACAACAGCGGCGAUGAAGGUUGUCUGCAGUUUCUGCUGGUUUGGUUAUUGUUCCUGUUUUUCUGGUCCAUACCAAUAAUCUUGAUCGAGUAUGGUACAGGGCGCUACACCAAGAAGGCCACCGUAGCCUCAUUUCAGGAGUUAGCAGGGCCUAAAAGUGCCUGGGCAGGAGGCUGGAUCGGAGUCAUCAGCGUAGGAAUAAGUGGGUACUACUCUGUGAUAGUGGGCUGGUGCAUCUAUCAUCUCUUCUAUUACAUGGGCAAUGCUCUUCCAGAAGACUAUGCUACAAGUAGCUCAACCUUUCAAAGCUUUGCAAACGAAUCAGCCAUGCCAGUACUGUUUCAUACCUUUGCCAUCGUGUUAGCAGCACUUACCGUCCUGUGGGGGGUCAAAAGCAUUGAGGUGGUCAAUUCCAUCAUCGUAUCCAUCUUCCUCCUCCUCCUCCUCAUCUGCUUCAUCUGGAGUUUGACGUUGCCCAACGCGGGUGACGGCAUCCAAUUCUUGUUCACGCCUGAUUGGGCACAAUUCCGCAACCCAAGGAUGUGGGUAGAUGCUAUAAGCCAGAAUGCUUUUGACACAGGAGCAGGAUCUGGUCUCUUUGUCUCCUACUCUGCCUACAUGACUGCUGAAACCGGGAUAGUUAAAUAUGGCACCCUCAUUCCAAUCGGAAAUAAUAUAGUCAGUUUGUUGUGUGGUAUGUUGACAUAUGCAACUGUCUUUUCAACUCAAAGUCCUUAUCUCAACAAAACUGAAAUAGUGGACUUGCAUGCUUUCAGAGAACGGACCAGCAAAUACAGGUUCCCAAUUUUCUUCAAUGAGAUGGGGAAAGGAGGGCGUUUUGUGUGCAUCAUAUUCUUCCUAGCUAUAGUGUUUGCUGGAUUAAGCUCUCUCACAGCUGAAAUUGAACUCCAGGUCAAGAUUGGCGAAGAUUUCGGACUUAAUAGAAAAAUAGCAACAGUUCUCUGCUCAUUGACUAUAUUUCUCCUUGGUCUUGGAUCCGCAUUGGAUCUCAACUUCCUAAUUAAUCAGGACUUUGUCUGGGGUUUUGGUCUUCUCAUAGCCGGUCUCAUGUUCCUCUACCUUGUCAUAAGGGUGGGACCUUCUACUUUCCGCCGGAAGAUGUUUAAUGAGUACAGCCUCAACGAUUGGCAUCUGUAUGCCUUCUGGGACUGGCUCGUUAUGUUUAUUGCACCAAUCGAAGCAGUGGUGUUGAUAAUCUGGUGGGCAUACAACACUAUAUCUGAGAGUCCAGAAGACUGGUACAAGUUUCUUCCAGAAAGCUUCAUGUCAACCAUAGUACAGUGGGUAGGUGUCAUAAUCAUCCUCAUCACCAUCAAUCUCCUAACUCUUCGAUACCGCGGUGCUUCACCAAGCGAUACUCCAGGUACCCAUCUCUUCUUCAAUAGUGAUCCCAAGACACCCAUUACAACCAUUAGCUACAAUGCCAUGUCCAGCACUGGCGAAGACACGCGUGACGGAAACUACGGAGGCCACAACAAUGAGACGGACGAUGAAACAGCUUUAUUAGGCAAAGGGGAACUUAAUUAA